UACUUGAGAGAGCAGUAGUUCAGAAGUGCAUGGGAUGUCACGGACGCCAGGCCUCUCUAGGUUUCACCAUUCCUCUCCACCAUGAUCAACACUUACCAGACCAGCCUGGCUCCACCGCCGGUGCCUCCUCGCCUCAGCAGGUCCCACCCGGUCCUCAUCCCGGCUCCACUUCCAUCUCAAGGCAACAGCAAGUCUCUCGUCCGGUUUUUGGUUGGUGUAGUGUUGCUGCAUUUAUUUCUGUCGGCCGGAGGAUUCAUCUAUCUAUACUACUAUGGCAAACUGGGAAAUCUUCCCUCAGCUGAAGGAAAAGCUGCUUUUCUCUCAUCAGAAAAGCAAGAAACUUCCUAUAGAGCCUUGGCACGCAUGGUAGUUGAGCAGCAAUCACACACAGCACAGAAAUCUGCACUCUUUCCGGGUUAUCUCCCAUGGGCCAUCAACCACUCAAUUCGUAGGAACAUCAACUACUACCACAAAAGUUGGUUGACUAUCCUGGAGCCUGGUGACUACUACGUCUACUCCAGGGUGACCUUCUCCAAAGGCGACUCUCAGCGCCCACUGGCCAGCAUUGUCAAGCUGAGGAAGAACGAGACAGGAGAGGAGAAGAAUGUGAUGCAGGCCUACUGCAAUCUGGACGACCACAGUGGGUCUCCGUCAAUCCCUCGCCUGUGCACAGUCAUGCAGGGAGAUGUGAUCACACUGGAGAAAGGAAACCAGCUCAGUGUCUGGGUACAAGACCUAUCACUGGUGAACUACGAGGAAGGAGCCACAACCUUUGGGAUGUACAAACUGUAGGACUCCUAUAUAAGCACAUGCAUGGACCUAAGCUGAAGAGUGGGAACUCGUUAGGAGGAUGGAAGCUACUGAGAACACUGUUAAAUAGACUGGAGCAAUAAUCAAACUAAUGGUUUCUGAUCUUUUUUGUGGAUUUCAGAGACAAAGACCACAUUCCUAAACUAUAAUUUAUUAAAUCACAUAGAAUUUUGUGUUAUUUCUGUGAAUGGUUGUUCUGUAUUUAUUGAUGUAAAUUGAGUUAUAUGGCUGUGAAAUGAAACUUUGAUAUUUAAUCUAAAAUAUUUCUUCUCUUCUCCUCAGUUUUUCUUAUAUUUGCUCCAUUUCUGGAGUUAGUUAGAAGUAAAGGAGAUACACACAUUAGACUAAAACAUCCAGACUGAAGUACCACAUAUUUGAUGUUUUCAGUGUUGGGUUACACAGCUAUACUGUAUAUCUGCAUGAAAAUGCAUAAUAUUUUAAACAAGAAAGGAUUAGACGGUGUAGUCCCUCAUUCGUCCAGGAGUGUUCUAUCGUGGAAAAGGUUUCAGUCGUAGUCAUCUGGACACUGUUUUCAGAAUCAAGACGUUUCGGCUCCCAUCCAGAAGUCAUUCUCAAUUGUGAAAAAAUUGGACGGGAACUGGAAAUUUAAGCAUUGAUUCUGAAAACAGUAUCCAGAUGACUACGACUGAAACCUACCAAGAAAGGAUUAGCAUUUUAGUCCUACCAUAAAUCAGUGUUGAGAUGCUUUAUGAGUCAGCAUUACUAACAGGUGACCAUGUGAACUUAUACAAGUUAAAAUACCCAGAUUCAUCACGAGUAUUAACACAGCAAAGUUUGUUGAAGACCACGAUACUCUUCUGGCAUACCCAAAAUGAUCCUCCAUGGGCUACUCAGAAAUCAUAUUUGUUGUAAAGCACAAAACCUACUGCAUUUUACACCAUAGCUCAGUCUGUAUCAGUAUGGUUUUAGAUUUCUAGGACACAAGAAACCACAUGGCAAAGAUGUAUUUACUCAUGAUGCUAAGCCACAAGAACCAGCACCACUAAAAAUGUAGGUUACCACUCAAGAAGAGCAACUAGACUCAGUAAUGACGAUACCUUUGAUGGUGAAGAAACAUAUGCAUCAAAGGCAUGUUGUUGUCAGUGGUACAAGAAUGCAUUUUGUCCUUCUUUCCAGGCAGCCAUCAUUUCCCAUUCAUUUCCAUAUGGUAUAUUAAUCAUUUAUCAAAUUUUGGAAAUUUGAGUUGUGUAAGCCAUCACAGUGAACUUACAAGUUUUAAUUUCUGUUGUUUAUUGUCAUGUGGUGAUACAGUUUAAAUGCAGAUUGGUUUAAAAUAUAGGCACUACCUAACAAUGAUAAUACAACUUUGACACAAAUGAUUGUAGAUGUAGCAUUCACUAUGAUGGAAGCAAGCCAUCUUAUUUUCAUACUGUAUAAAAUUGAAUUUAGACCAAUUUAAGUAUUGAGUGUUCAAAGUAAAUGGAAUAAAACAUCA